AAUAAUUUGUCAUAAAUCACAGUACUGAAUUUAGUAAAUAGCAAAUCCCGGCAAUACCUAUUCUCUCUCUAGUGGGUGUGAUCCCCACGGCUCUGUGCUGUGCAGGGCUCCCAAGGAGUGCAUAAAUCGAUUCCUAGGGCACGAACGGUCGCAUCAGCAUUUCCCCCGUGGCAUAUUUCAGGCAACCGGGCUGUGUAAGUGAAAGACAGUGACUCAAAUGUUGUUGGCAGGCUGAAGAACAAUGGCUUCCUUCAGCAACCUGACUAUUGGCAUUGCUGUUGCCAGUUUUACUGUAUUUCAGCUCCUGUUCCACGUUUUAAGUUCCUGGGUGUCAACACGAAUAACACGUGGUUUUAAGAAUCUCAGCCAAAAAAGGAAGAUUGAAUGGAAUUCAAGGACAGUGUCCACAUUCCACGCCUUGGUGGUUGGAGGCUUUUGCCUGUAUAUUUUAUUGUACGAUGAUGCUGUCAAUGCUGACCCUCUCUGGGGUGACCCUUCAAUUGUGAAGCUGAAUAUUGCUAUUACCACAGGCUACCUCAUUUCUGAUCUGUUGCUUAUUAUUUUCUACUGGAAGGCAAUUGGUGACAAAUUUUUUGUAAUACAUCACUUGGCAGCUCUGUAUGCUUACUAUUUUGUACUGAGUGAAGGUCUGCUGGCUUAUUUUGGAAACUUCCGUCUCCUAGCAGAGUUCUCCACUCCUUUUGUCAAUCAGCGGUGGUUUUUUGAAGUACUGGGAUAUCCCAAAUCUUCAAAGGCCAACAUCAUCAAUGGUAUGCUGAUGACAAUUGUGUUCUUCGUGGUGAGGAUUGCCGUCAUGCCUGUAUAUUACAGCCAUGUAAUUUCUUCAUUUGGAACAGAAGGUUUCCACAGAUUAGGAUUUGCAGCCCAGAGCGCCUGGAUUAUCUCAAGUGUUGUCUUGGAUAUUAUGAAUGUGAUGUGGAUGGUCAAAAUUGCAAAAGGAUGCUGCAAGGUCAUUUGUCUUAUUGGACAGGAGGAAGCAAAAACUCACAGAAAUGGAAAAUCUGCCUAGAAAUCAUACAUAAAAUGAAAUUUCUGCUAUGAAAAUAAUUUGGGUUCACUGAAACAGUGCACAUUUCUGCCAUGGAAUGCUCCUAUUAUGGAAACAAGGUAUUACCUCUGUACUGACCUUACUCUUUCCCUAGCCACACUGCCUGCACGCCCAGGGCCACGCUUUGCGGAUCCUGUCCAGUGAGGAAUAAGAGCAAAAGCUCACACAGAUGAGUUCCACAUGCCUGUUCUAAGCAGUUGAAAGCAUCAGAAAUUAGAAAGGAGCAGACUGGUUACUUGCUUAUUGUCCACCAGUGUGUUCAAAGUGUUUCUCUCAGGUUUCUCCGAUUAAAAUGUUUUAUAAAUCCAGUGAAUACUGACAUAUCUGUUUUUUUAGAAAAUGAAAAAUUCCCCUAACUCCUGAUAUGGUGCAAUUUUUCCAGGCACGUUUCUAUGUUUUCUUCUAGGAAAAACAAUCAAGAUUUCAUUCUUGACAACUUUUUAAUUUUUGCAAGAAAAGCUAAAAAUUUGGCUUUGAUCCUAUGAAGUCUUUUACUGCUUUUUGUUCUGCCUUAUAUGAAUGCAAACCAUUUUGGGAAAUUUAUGAAAUAAUUUUAUCUAAAAUGCUGUAUUAUAAGACCACAUGAUAUCUUAAAAGCUGUUAAAAGUCUCACUUUGAUGGGAAGGAUUCCCAUUUGCUGUGCUAGGUUACAUGCAGUAGUGCAUCUAAAUUCCCCAUGGAACUUUUUUUGUAAGAUAAUAUGGUAGAUGAUGUGUGGAAAUGGCAUAGUUCUUACUAAAGUGCUUUUUCCUUUGCUGCUACUACCUUUGAGAAGUGCUGCAAUUCUUCUCAGAGUAUUUUUAACCAUUGGCUAUUUGGAUUCAAAGUUUAAUUGCAAAGAUGUAAAAAUCUUCUGUAUAUGUGAUGUGUAAGUAAUACCUUUUUCUUUUACCACAAAAAUGACCUAUUUGAUAUGAAGCAUUGAGGGUUUUUGUCACAUUUUCCUCGUUAAUCAAGUCAGAAAUCUGAGGUGUGACUAAGAACACUCGAAUUAACUGUGCCAAACUCCUCUAAAGCUCUAUGAUAAUUUUGUAGAAGGAACAGAUGACCUCUGUAGACACAAUUGUAGACAUAAUUUUUUUUUUUUUUUAAACCACACAUUUGUCAAUAGAUACUCAGUUACUCUGUCUGUGAACUUGAAGGCUUGGAGGUCAUCAGAGAAGAAUCUCACAGUCUAGGAAUAGUCCUAAAUGUCACUUGUAAUACAAUUUGA